AUGAAUGGGAAUAUAUUUUAUAAAUACUUUGAUAUCUCAAAAAGCCUAAACUUUAAAAGUUUUUUUUUUGUAAAUAAAAGAGGUGUUCUUCAAUCAAAAUUUCAAAAAAAAAAUGAAACGUCUUACAAUUUUCCAUUCAAGGCAAGUCAUUUUAUUUAUGAGCAAGUGAGUAGAACUACCUCUGGAAACUUGCCAGUGUACACUAAGAUAAGGAGGCAUGGCACAAUAGUAACGACUGUUGUUCGCCACAUUUACGGAGAUAUAAAGGUAUUCAAAGACCAUUUAAGGAAUAUAUGUGAAGCGCCAGUCAGAGAGCACAUAGGAUAUAUAGAAGUCAAGGGAUUACAUACUAUUAAAAUAAAACAGUGGUUACAACAUAUAGGCUUUUGA